CUUGAGACAGCAAUAGCAUGGCCUAUUGAGAAAGUCGUGAGCUAAUGAAACUCUUCACUAUCGACAGCUCCGGUGGAACCUUUCUCUAAAAGAGCGUGGUUAAUGAUCCAAAGUAAGGCCCCAAGGGUGUCGAGAUAAGCUUCAGCGAAUCAAACCCUAACCCUACAGGUUGGUGGGGUGCACCUAUCUAUGGAAGACCAGGCUGGCAGCCGUUCGAUUAUGAGCAUCCACAUCAUCCACAUCACGACCGUCAGCUCCCGUCAGCUUCCGUCCCCUCUAUGACCUCUCUUCACGACCCCAAUCAUGCCUUCACUACAGGUCAUCAUAUUCUUAGUCGAGCUCACCGUGCAACUCGUCAACUCCAUCGGGGCAACAACGAUCAACAGCUUGCUAUGGCGUCUAUGUAACGCGCUCCCCACUUCCCCCUCCCAGAACUUCGCCGAGCAUCACAAGCUGCAGAAGGAGUACCUCAGCUGCCGGCGAGAAUUGAACGCGACGAGUAGCCAGGACGAGUUCGCCAAAUGGGCCAAGUUGCGGCGAACUCAUGACAAGCUCCUAGAGCAGCUCGAGAAGAAGAAAACCUCGCUCGACGCCUCCAAAGCCAAGUUCGACCGAUACACCGCGACCGUCCGAUGGAUGCUCACGAGGGGUCUACAGUGGUUCCUAACAUUUUGGUACGGGAGAGAGCCGAUGUUCUGGCUACCUUACGGAUGGUUCCCAUACUACGUUGAAUGGUUCCUCUCCUUCCCCAGAGCCCCGAUGGGCAGCGUGAGCAUCGUCGCCUGGCAAUGGGCCUGCGCGGGCAUUCUUGCGUUGGCCGCUGAGACCCUUACGGCGAUACUGGGCCUCGUCCUAGGAUCACGACAAACGCAAGGGGUCCCCAUGGCCGGGAGCACGGAGAAGGACCAGAGAGGGGAGGCAAAGACAAGGGCAACACCGGUGCGGGCAUCAUGACCAGAAGAUGUGUAUUAAUAUAAUUUCUGGGGCAUCACGGUGAAUUUGAAUGAUAUGUCUCUCAUCUUAAUUGACGCAAAGCUCCUCAUUGCCGGAGCUUGGAUUCUGCAACACGAUCUGAGAUGACUCUUGGCAGAGUACUUGGGCUCGUUCUAGGCUUCAUAUUGACUCUGGCGACCAUUGGGCCCUUGAAAGGGGGUCGCCAAAGCUUCGAAUGUGCCAAAUGUUAUAGAUGGA